AUGAACAAUUCAACUUUUGUUUCUCCAUUGUUAGAAAAACAACUUAAUACAAAUAAUCAGAAUAACAAUUAUAUAAAGUCAUGCAGUUAUUCAACUGCUACAGAGAAUCAUCUAAAGAUAAACCAGAAUAAUCCUAUAAAUAACUAUUUAAAUAAAUCUAUUUGCUUAAAAAAACCUUUUAUUAAUAUUGAAAACAAUAAAUCAGAAGAAAAAGAAUCAAUAACAUCAACAGAAGAAAGACAUUAUAAUGUUUUAUGGAGAAAACAAACAACUAAAAAAAACAAGACAUGGAAGGGAGAUGGAGUCUUAAUUGUAUCUAGAAAUAUGUGCUAUCUUAAGGAUCUUGAAGGAAAUAAUCUAGGAAGUGGACGAUGUAAUCCAGCAUCAUUAUUAAUAGGAGAUCAAUUGGUUGUAGGAGAUAAGGAGAUUGAAAUCAAUAGUAUAGUAGCUAAAGAUUAUAUAUGUGAAAAACCGUCAGUUCAUGUAGUAGAAAAACAGAAAACAGAUACGCCGAUGUAUUCAGUACCUAUAAAGAAGUUUAAAACACCACUUUUAUCAUCAAAUGUGGGACAAACUUUUAAAUUGCCAGUAUUACGACAUGACCCUAAUGAAGAAGGAGCAUUAGUAUUACCUAGGCCUCAAAUAAAGGAAUAUGAAGAGAAAAAUGUUAGGAUAGUAGAUGUAGUUGUUGAUCCAAUGUUAUCUAGACAUCUUCGACCUCAUCAGCGUGAAGGAGUUAAAUUUCUAUAUGAAUGUGUGAUGAAAAUGAGAGAAUUUGAAGGUCAGGGUGCUAUUUUAGCAGAUGAAAUGGGUCUUGGAAAAUCUCUUCAAAUUAUUACACUUCUAUGGACUUUAUUAAAACAAAAUCCAUAUUAUGGAAAAGAACCGGUUAUUAAGCGUGCAUUAAUAGUCUGUCCAGUUACUCUUAUUAAUAAUUGGAAACGAGAAUUUCGAAAAUGGAUAGGUGGAAAUGAAAGAAUUGGAUUGUUUGUUGUUGAUUCAAAUGUUAAUAUUAAAAGUUUUUCAGUUGGGCGUGUUUAUUCAAUAAUGAUAAUUGGUUAUGAAAGAUUAAGAAAUGUAUGUGAUGAAUUAAAAGAUGCGAAUAUAGAUAUUGUUAUAUGUGAUGAAGGUCAUCGUCUUAAAUCAGCUUCAAAUAAAUCAGCACAAGCUAUCAGAUCUCUUAAAACUCGUAGAAGAAUUAUUUUAAGUGGAACUCCUAUUCAAAAUGGUAGCGAAUUUUAUGUAAUGGUAGACUUUGUAAAUCCAGGUCUCUUAGAAAACUAUUCUACAUUUAAAAGGGAAUUUGAAAAUCCAAUUAUUAGAAGUAGACAAAUAGGAUGUAUGAAGAAAGAUGAAGAAAAAGGAAGAAUUCGUACUGAACAACUUUCAUCUUUAACAAAAAUGUUUGUUCUUCGAAGAACUUCUAAAAUUCUUAAUGAAUAUCUUCCUCCUACAGUUGAAUAUAUAGUAUUUUGCAAACCAACAUCAUUGCAAGUAGAGAUAUAUCGCAAAUUAAUAGAUUUAUCAAUGUUAAAUUUAAAUUCAUAUAAUAUUGAUAUGACAGUUCAUUUACAAGCUUUAACAUAUUUGAAAAAAAUUUGCAAUUCUCCAGCACUUCUAUUUCAAAAAAGAAAAGAAAAUCAGCAAUUUGAUAUGUUUUGUACAAAUAUUAAACACAAAUUUUCAUCAAAUCUUUCAAAAAAAUCAGGAAAACUUUUAGUUUUUGAUAAAUUCCUGGAAGAAUUAAAGACUACUGAAGAAAAAGUUGUUAUUGUUUCACAUUACACUCAGACUCUUGAAAUUCUAGAAAAUAUACUAAUUUUAAAAUCUUUAUCAUACCUUCGUCUUGACGGACAAACUGCUAAUGCAAAAAGACAAGAAUAUGUGGAUAAAUUCAAUGCAUCUGAUUCCAAUGAAAUAUUUGCAUUCUUAUUAUCAGCAAAAUCAGGAGGAUAUGGACUUAAUCUAAUUGGAGCAUCUAGAUUAGUUUUAUUUGACAUAGAUUGGAAUCCUAGCUUGGAUAUUCAAGCAAUGGCUCGUAUACGUCGUGAUGGCCAACAAAAAAAGACAUUUGUAUAUCGUUUUCUUACAUCAGGAAUGAUUGAUGAGAAAAUAUAUCAAAGACAGAUAACAAAACAAGCUCUUUCUGAUACAUUUAUAGAUUCCAAAAUAACGUCAAAAAGAGAUUCUUUUACACAAGAAGAAUUAAAAUCACUAUUUUUUUAUCAAGAUACAUCUUGUCAAACUCAUGAGCUUUUGGGCUGUGGGUGCCAAGGCGAUGGGUCAAAUGUUAAAAAUAUUAAUCAUAGGGAGAUGUUCGAUGAAAAUAAUGAUUUAGGUGGCUGGGUAAAAUCAAGUGAAAUACUAAAUUCUGAAACAAUGACGCCAAAUUAUUUAAAAAAAAAAUAUCUUUAUAGCAUUAAUGAAUAUUCACAUAUUGAUGCAUCAAAAAAUAAUGAUUAUUAUAAUAUAGAGGAUACAGUAUUACAAAGAAUAUUACAAGAAAAUAAUGAAAUAGAUAAAGGUUAUAUAUCUUAUAUAUUUGAAAAAAUAGAACAGCUAUAA